AGGGCUGAUUUGCUUGUGGGAGGGAGUGCUGGAGAGGGCCUAUAAAAAGGGCUGUGAGGUGAGUGCCUAGUACUGUCAAGCACACGCUCAUUUAGAAAGCUCCUCAUCGAUAAAUUAUCUGCUACUGAAUCACACGCCUCUGAUUUGGACUUCAGAACUUUCAAGACUCACGUUGACACAUCUGGACAUUCUGAGUGCUAUUUGCUCUGUAUCGACUGACUGAAAGAUCUAUUCUUGAAGAGCCAGCGGUAACACAUUCGAAUUAAAGAAACAGCCGACUUAUUUUAAGCUAGGAAAAGCAGAAUAUCACCACCAACUAUGAAAGCCAUCAGCCCAGUGAGAUCCAUGGCCAGCUGCUAUCAAGCUGUCUGCUGCUUGUCUGAGCAGAGCCUGGGCAUUGCCAGGGGCAGCACCCACAAGGUUUCAGGAGUGGAUGAGCCCGUUGGUCUUCUAUAUGACAUGAAUGACUGCUACUCCAAACUCAGAGAGCUGGUGCCAGGGAUCCCCCAGGGGAGCAAACUAAGUCAAGUCGAGAUCCUCCAGCACGUCAUUGACUAUAUCUUCGACUUACAAAUUGUCCUGGGUGAAGAGAAACAACAUAACGUGGGCAACGCUAUUCUCAGUCUACAGGUAUCUAUCUAUCUAGCUAGAUAAUCUAUGAUAUCUAUCCAUGUGCUCUACGUCUGUAUUCCAUGAUCUGGGAUUCUUAUCAACUGUUCCUCACUGAUGCCCUUUUUAUGACAAGGCACUAUCACCUGCCCUCCACACCUUUUAUUAUCUAUCCCCUUAAUCUCAUUUUCUCACUUUUGGAACCUUGACACUUUCUCUUUUCUGACCAAUACCGUCAUACAAUCCUAACCACCACCACCUUUUGUUUUCUGUUACAGAAAGCUGAAUUCUCAGAGAGGUCAAAUAAAAGCGAUGCCAGCAUCUGCCACUGAUCAACCUCCCCACCCUCAUCAUGGUAAGCAUGUGUUUAAAGUUUAAUUCCUGGUCAGUUUGUGCAUAGUUUAAAUCUAGAAUGAGAUUAUAUAGGUGAACCUGUGGUGAUUGUAAACUAUUUCUGUACUGGAUAGACCAUAUUCAGGAGUUUAGAGAACGUAUUGGCUAAACAGUGAAGUGGGAAAAAGAUUGCAAUAUUAAGGCCAUAAACAACAAGAUGGAUGACCAGUGACUAUUCUGGUCUUAGAUUUGCAAAUAUACAGGUUUCUGUUAAGUGAAUAAACCCAUAGAAACGAAAUGUAGUCUAGUAAUUGGUCUUGUUUUAAUGUAGGAAUGUUAAUGUUCAAAGUAGUUGAGUGUUUACUAAUUAAGUGGAGAAGUGAUGAAAUGGCUGAGAGCAGGAAGCUGGCUUUCUCUGUCACUCUCACACAAUUAGCUGAGCCAAGAUGUUAUCAGGCCUGAAGGCAUAGCUGAUUUCCUUCCAGGCGCCAGUCAGUCUGACCCCCUCCCUUGGUGUGACUCACAUUGAUACAUUGCAUAUCUCUUUUUCUGCAGGUGCAGAGAAUCGUUGAAGAAGAAAAAAAAGUUUUUUUUCCAUGAAGCAAAUGAGUUCGACAUGCGAAAUAAUUUAACCCUUGAAGAUCCAGAAAUAUUAAAAGACUUUCAAUUACAAUAUUUUUUUACAUAAAUAACACACUUUAAGAUGUUUUUUCUUUUUUUUUUUUCCUACCCCAAAUUUUAAAACCAGUCAACAAAAUUAUUUGUAACUUCUAUGCUGGGGUGAACUAUAUAUGUUCAUGUCCAUUAUUUUUUAUCUUAUCAUACUUUAACAUUCGAGAUUUUUAUUUUCAUUUUAUUUAUUUUUUUAACUCUUAAAUUGCUCAGCAGAUCAAUAAUGGCAAACUUAUUGUGCCAUUCCUACCUAAAACUAUGGACCAAAUAUCAAUUCAGCCACAUCUGCUGUGUUUUAUUAUCCACUUGAAUAACUAUUGUUGAAAAAAGGUAGCUAAUUUUUUUUUUUUUUAAACGGAUAUAUUAACCCUUUAAGGCCCAGGGUGACCAUAUCUAUUGACGUUUAAAAUGUUAUGAGCUGUAUAUAUAUAUUUUUUGUAAACAAAGAAUGAAUAUCUUUUUUGUCAUGGACAAAAUCAUUUUAUAUUUUGUACAGGCAUAAAAGCCUUAAAUCUGUGGUUAUGUCCUCAGAGUAAAUUCCCUCUCUCUAAAAUAGAGAAAUUGUACUGGAACUGCACAGUUUCUACAUGUCUAUUGGUUAAAACAAAAAAACUUUUUAUAAAAGUUGAUAUUUUUGUCUAUGUAAAUAAUAAAAACCUAUUUUUAAAUAAUUUGAA